AUGUCUGUUCUCAUGAGCCCCAACACUCUGGCCAAAAAGACCGAACGCUCUCAUGAAGAGAACCAAGAACGCGCCUACAUUGCCGCCUCUCGCCGUCAGGACCGCAGCAUCGAAGCCCGCGUCCAGUCGGCGCGCAUGGCGGGCGAGAUCCAUUUCAAGCGCACGGGCAAGAAGUUCCACAUCACGGAGGAGAUCGUCCUGAAGGAGGACAUGUACGAGGAGGAGGACGACGACCUGGCUCGCUCGUACCAGCUCCGCCGCCGGCUGGAUUCCGCCAUGCAGACCGAGUCCCCCGAGUUCAACGCCCGCAUCGAGGCCUGGAUGAACAACCGGCUCGCCAUGUCGCAGUACAUGCAGCGCACAAACGCCGAGUGGAACGACAACCACAUCAACCGCCUGUUCGCCCAGUCCUUCCCCAACGUCAGCAAGCAGGCCAGCCAGGUGUCGCGGCGCAUGAGCAUGACCGAUUCGGGCUACGCCGACUCCCAGUCACCCCAUUCCCCCCACUCGCCCGUCCAGAAGGAUGACAUGAUGACUGCCACCUCCGCCACCUCCUGCUCUACCACUCCCGUCCCUGUCCCCGCUCUUGCUCCCCCCCACGAGCAGCAGCAGCAGCAGCAGCAGCACCGGCGGUACCCUCUAUCCGUCUCCGUCUCCCCCACCACCGCCUCCUUCAACCUCUCCCCUGGAAACAGUAGCGAAGAUGCCUUCAUGGAUGAUGCGACCCCUGCCGCUGUCCCCCGCAACCUCUCCGCACCCGCACCCGCACCCGCACCCGCACCGGCUCCCGCUCCCGCUCACACGGGCCAGGCUCCGUCUUCGGCCUUUGCCCAGGAGCUCCCCAACGAGCUCAAGCAGAUCAUGAUGCCUACCAUGGAUGCCACUGCAACGACAGUGGACGAGACCGCCUUCACUGAUCCCAUGUACGACUACAACUCUGCGUCGUGGGCCGGUCAGCUGGAUCCGACCAGCACCACCUUCUUCCCGGACGCCACUACUGCCGGCCUCGGUCCCAACGACGUGCCGUUUGGUAGUUUCGACGGCCAUGCACCCGCCGUCGCCGGUGGUGGAUACAUGGAUCCUUCUGCUUCUUCCAUGCCCUCGCAACAUUACGAUGAGCCCAACUGGGGCUCAUUCCUGAACGACAAUGCUUGGAACUGUGACAUGUGA